UGCGCGGGCGUGAGGUUCGGCGGCGGAACGGCGGGGGCAGCGCCGGUAACGGACGCAGGAGCAACAAUGGAUUGGCCCCAACAAAGAUGUAGCAGGUGUUGGGAGAAGACAUCCCAUCUGAAAUGGAGGUGAUCGAGGGAGCUGAAUGCUGACUGCACCAACAUGGGGUUGCGACUGUUGGCUUGUCUUUUUCAUUUGCCCACUGCAGUGAUCUACGGAUCCCUGUCGCUGUUUAUUUCCAUUUUGCACAACGUAUUCCUCCUGUACUACGUGGACACCUUUGUAUCUGUUUACAAGAUUGAUAAACUGUCCUUUUGGAUAGGAGAGACAGUUUUUCUGAUCUGGAACAGCCUCAAUGACCCUCUGUUUGGCUGGCUGAGCGACCGAGUGUUCCUUAGCACACAGCAGCCAGGAGCAGAGAUUUCCUCCCCAGAAGUAGUUCUGAAGAGGCUCAGAGCGCUAAGCCACAAUGGCCCCCUCUUUGCAAUCUCUUUCCUGGCUUUCUGGGUUGCCUGGGCUCAUCCUGGUUUGCAGUUCCUUCUUUGCCUUUGCAUGUACGACAGCUUUCUCACCAUGGUCGACCUCCAUCACAACGCCUUGCUCGCAGACCUGGCUGUUUCAGCAAAAGACAGGACUAGCCUGAACUUCUACUGCUCCCUCUUCAGUGCCAUAGGCUCCCUCUCUGUCUUCAUGUCCUAUGCAGUGUGGAACAAAGAGGACUUCUUUUCCUUUCGCAUAUUUUGCGUCGUGCUGGCCCUCUGCUCCAUCGUUGGUUUUACCCUGUCCACACAGCUGCUCCGCCAGCGGUUUGAGGCUGAUGGGAAAGUGAAAUGGGACCAGGAAUCAACCCUAAAAGAGCUGUACAUUGAGAAACUCUCCGUCCCCCAGGAAAAGAGGAUCACCCUGGCAGAGUAUCUCCAGCAGCUCUCCCGGCAUCACAACUUCCUCUGGUUUGUCUGCAUGAACCUCGUUCAGGUUUUUCACUGCCACUUUAACAGCAACUUCUUCCCUCUGUUCCUGGAGCACCUGCUGUCAGACCAGAUCUCUGUCUCUACUGGAUCCUUCCUGCUCGGUGUUUCCUACAUUGCCCCCCAUCUCAACAACCUCUACUUCCUGUCCCUCUGCCGCCGCUGUGGGGUUUACGCUGUGGUGCGAGGACUCUUCUUCCUGAAGCUGGCUCUCGGUGUUGUCAUGCUCCUGGCAGGACCUGAUCAGGUGUAUCUGCUUUGCAUCUUCAUUGCCAGCAACCGGGUGUUCACAGAAGGGACCUGUAAGUUGCUCAACCUGGUGGUGACUGACUUGGUGGAUGAGGAUCUAGUCCUGAACCGUAGGAAGCAGGCAGCCUCAGCGCUGCUCUUUGGGAUGGUGGCUCUGGUCACCAAGCCGGGCCAGACCUUCGCCCCUCUGAUUGGCACCUGGCUGCUCUGCGCGUACACAGGCUACGACAUCUUCCAGCGCAACCCCUUGAGCAACGUGGUGAGUGCCCAGCCGAAGCUGGAGUCUGCCGCAGCCUUGGAGCCAACUCUUCGCCAGGGCUGCUUUUACCUCCUCGUCUUUGUACCCAUCACAUGCGCGCUGCUGCAGCUCCUCAGCUGGUCGCAGUUCAGCUUGCACGGGAAGCGUCUGCAGAUGGUGAAGGCUCAGCGCCAAAGCCUGAUGCAAGGCCGAGCACCAGAGGUCAAAACGAUCUAGGGGUGCCUGAGCCCCCGGGGUGUUGCUGGUUCUAGGCUGGUGCAGGACUGCAGGCUGAGCGCAGGGUUGGCGGGCUGAGAAACCCUGAAGUUUACGGUUCAACUGUGAAAUGCUGUAACGCCGAUGUUUACUCAUUCCAGGAGGAGGUCACUGGGGAAGGCAGAGAAGUUCAGCGUGUGGGCCUGGGAUAGAUGGCUUGGCCACAGGAGCAAGACCACUUUAUCCUAGCCUGUCCCAGGGAGCAGAGGGCUGCUCAUCCCAGGGGGAAGGUGCUGGGUUACAGUGUAUGCUAGACAGACACAUCCCUGGUACAGUCCUCUGCCCUGGGCAUGGCCCUGGGGAACCACAGCCUCUCUGGCUGAGCAGGAGGAGACUGCACAGGGACUCCCUCCUUGCUAGAGCCCUGCAGCUUUGGGGAGUGGAGUGGGAGGCUCCUAAGUGACCAAGGUGGUGAUUGCAGGACAGCAGGAGCAGGGAUGAGAGGACCCUGAAGGCCUUUCCCAGUAGCUGGUACAACCCCUCCCACAUACAGUGCUGCAGCUCUUGGACCAAAUCCGCUCUUAGGCAUUUCUUGUUCCCAGGACAAUAUCCUGCACAGCUGGGGUCUGCCGGCUGUGCUUGUUCUGUACUGAGGCUCUGUCCUCCGCAGCCUUGCAGAGGGAGUUGUUGCUGGGCUGGGAAAGGUGCUGGGCUUGAACUGGGCUCAGAGCCUUGAGCUGGAACAUCUCAUCUGGCAUCCUGUUGCCUGUGUUUAGCCCUCCUCUCCCCUCCACAGCCCCUUCCAGUCAGCGCUGUCACACAGCUGUGCUGUGAGCCCCCUCCCAUGCUGGCUGGGGCUGUGGGGCCGAGGUCAGGGAACCAACCCCUAACCGAGCAGCUGGAAGUGCCUCCCUGCCCAGGGCUGUCCCAGGUGACCCAGUGAGGCAGCCUGGUGCCUUCCCCUCUUGCAGGAGGAGAGCACAGCCUGGAGGAGUCACCAGGUCUUGCUUUUGUGCCUUCGAUUCCUCUUCGGAGCCUGUCUGAUAAUGCUGGGCAGUCACAGGGUUGAGAUUUUACCUCUGUGGGGAGAGGCGGAUGCCUCAGCUCCUCUCCACUUGAAAUGGUGCCCCAGAGUUGGAUCAUCUCAUCUGGCUGCUGAGCCAUGGACCCAAGGAGAAGAGCGGGUGGUUUGGACUCCCUGGUUCUGGCUGGGAGCAGAUGGGGCAGGUAGUCACCAAAGGGAUCCCUGAGGUGAGGGAGUGUCUCCCCAAUGCCCGCAGUGUGUUUGGGGGGCAGGCAGAGCUCUGCCCUGUGCAUGCCUGCAGGAGGAGGGGGUGCGCAGGCAGCAUCUGAAGGCUGCUACGUGCUGUUUGUUUAGUGCCAGGCUCCCUCUGGGGUCUCAGCCCACAAACCUGCCAUCUUGCCUCAGGACACAGCUGCCUUCUGUCUUGGACCAAGAUGUUCCUGCCACAAGGCUUCUGUAGCUCUUGAUGGUUCAAUCAUAAGUUAUUUGUGCGACUUCUAACAAAGUUUGAGAAUGAGUCUUCAUUUCAUAAAUUAAAGAUGAUCUUUUCUGUA